ACCACACGGAAAAACACUUCAACACAUAUAAGAACGAAACAGGGCGAGCAGUUGUAGGCAGACUUUAGGUGGACCCUAGGGGAAAAAACGACAUUAGACAUGAAUCACGGAAUCCCUCCAGACUUACAGGAUAUGACACUGCCAAAGAUACUGGACGAAUUGGUAGUGAUGGCUCGACCUACACAACAAGACCAGAGAUUAGAAAAUUAUUGCCGGUAUAUCAAUAUGGCAAUGUCAGACUAUGGACAGGAACACUGUAUGGUGGUAGGAAGCACGAAGGAAGGGACACGACUCCGCACCAAACAGGAACAAGGCGACUGGGACUUUCUGUUGAUGGGGGAUCUCACCGUACCUGUGGAAUCUCUGAAAUACAGGAAGGAUUUGCCAUGUUUUGUUCAUAUAAAUGGCUCAUUCAUAAAGCAAAUAGAUAGAAAAGACUUGAUUGAUGGCGAGUUUCUCCCAGCAACAAUGGUGAAAAAGCUCAAUCCGGUCUUCUUCGGUCGUUUGAAAGGAAUAUUUGACUUAUUUUACAGGCCACAGGCAUUUAAAGAGGGUGGUGUAUCGCGAGUAACGAUGGACACAGACAUCAAACCUGGUGCCAAUACGACCGACUUCAUAGACUGGCAAAGUGAUAUCCUCAUCCCAAAGACCAAUCCGAGGUCUGUACCCGACAGUGGAUUGCGAAAGAAGUAUACUGAACGGGUUAAGCGGUCUGAGGUAUUUCAAGACAGCAGCAACGGGGUGGUUCACAUAAUGGAGACUAUCGCGAAAUCACUGCAAUAUCACAAAACCCUGGUAAACUCAGACAGCUUUUUCCAUCGGACAUUUGGGCCUUUGCUUGAUGCCCUCGCUGGUAACCAAAAUUUUGGAUCUGUGGGAAAAAAGAGGGAAGAUGACAAACUUCUUACCAAUGUAUCUAAUGCCGAUGAUGCUGAUGUCAGGGGCAACAGCCCAGAAGACCAGGAUAAACGAUAUGAAAAAACUACAGAGGUAAAAUAUGUCAUCCGUGGAAAUUCAAAUUGUUUACCUGUCCGACAGCUACCAGCUAAGCCUGUUCGAGCGACAUACACUGCCAGGUCAAUGAAGGAUUUCAUUCCUGCCCUCCGUUUAUCUGGACCACCGAAAUAUAUAAAUGACUGGAUUCGUCGAACACGAUAUUGGCCAAAGAGACAAACGGUAGAUGCCAUCACUAAAAGUCAGUUUUUAGUCGUAGCGAAACCGGCUAUUAAAGACGAACACCCUGAGCUUGAUUUCUGCCUUUCAUGCAAUCUGGCGGAAAUUAUGCUGGCCAAAGAAAUGCCUCCAGGUCACAUGAAAUGCUUGUUGAUGAUCAAAGCUUUCCAGAGAAGCAUACUAGAGGAAUACUCACAAGUUCUGACAACCUUUCACUGGAAAACCGCUUUAUACUGGAUGCUGGAAUCCACUGACCCGUCUACCUACUCAGAGAAAAGUGACGACAUACUGGAUGUACUGAGGAACCUCCUGGACUACAUGAGAGAUCGACUACACGAGGGUAGGUUACUUCACUACUUCUUCCCGAGCAACCUCUUCGCGGGAUUGGAGAGGGAUGUUUGUGUAGAAAUCGUCAAGAAAUUAGAGGAGGUCUACAUGAAACCAGUAUGGAAUCUUCAGGUAUUCCUUGUCAAAGUUAAUGAAAAAGGAGUGAAGGUGAUAGACGUGCCUCUGGAUAAGAUGAUGGAAAUGAAGAAGAAGAUAGAGGACGAGAAAAAGCGAUCUUACGUGGACGCAACACUUGACGUAUUUGAAGGUAUCGGACGAUCUCAUUCUGAAAACAACGAGCGAUCAGCUGCAAGACAAAAUUUCCCAAAUUUAGUGUUACAGAUAGCGAAGUCAAUUAUAUUAGACGAACGGGCAAGCAUUGAGAAAGAAAACAAAACCAGCACAGCAGAACAAGGCACAGCAACGGAGGAAAAUGUUUUAUCCGGGUUGGCGGAUGUGUUACUGAAUAAAGAGACUGGUACGGAGAACAGAACACGCGCGGUAGAAAAACUUGUCCAAGACAUUAGAUCUUUUUUGUUGGCAGAUGAUUGAUUACCAAACAGUACCAACACAGCAGUGGUGAGGACGGGGUCACCUUACAAUACAAACUAGGUCACAGCCUAGUCAAAACUAGUACUAUUACAAUACAAACAAGGUCACAGCCUAGUCAAAACUAGUACUAUUACAAUACAAACAAGGUCACAGCCUAGUCAAAACUAGUACUAUUACAAUACAAACUAGGUCAUAGCCUAGUCAAAACUAGUACUAUUGCAAUACAAACUAGGUCAUAGCCUAGUCAAAACUAGUACUAUUGCAAUACAAACUAGGUCAUAGCCUAGUCAAAACUAGUACUAUUGCAAUACAAACUAGGUCAUAGCCUAGUCAAAACUAGUACUAUUGCAAUACAAACUAGGUCAUAGCCUAGUCAAAACUAGUACUAUUGCAAUACAAACUAGGUCAUAGCCUAGUCAAAACUAGUACUAUUACAAUACAAACUAGGUCAUAGCCUAGUCAAAACUAGUACUAUUACAAUACAAACUAGGUCAUAGCCUAGUCAAAACUAGUACUAUUACAAUACAAACUAGGUCAUAGCCUAGUCAAAACUAGUACUAUUACAAUACAAACUAGGUCACAGCCUAGUCAAAACUAGUACUAUUGCAAUACAAACAAGGUCAAAGCCUAGUCAAAACUAGUACUAUUACAAUACAAACUAGGUCACAGCCUAGUCAAAACUAGUACUAUUGCAAUACAAACAAGGUCAUAGCCUAGUCAAAACUAGUACUAUUGCAAUACAAACUAGGUCACAGCCUAGUCAAAACUAGUACUAUUACAAUACAAACUAGGUCAUAGCCUAGUCAAAACUAGUACUAUUACAAUACAAACUAGGCCAUAGCCUAGUCAAAACUAGUACUAUUGCAAUACAAACAAGGUCAUAGCCUAGUCAAAACUAGUACUAUUACAAUACAAACUAGGUCAUAGCCUAGUCAAAACUAGUACUAUUGCAAUACAAACAAGGUCAUAGCCUAGUCAAAACUAGUACUAUUGCAAUACAAACAAGGUCAGAGCCUAGUCAAAACUAGUACUAUUGCAAUACAAACUAGGUCACAGCCUAGUCAAAACUAGUACUAUUGCAAUACAAACAAGGUCAUAGCCUAGUCAAAACUAGUACUAUUACAAUACAAACUAGGUCAUAGCCUAGUCAAAACUAGUACUAUUACAAUACAAACAAGGUCAUAGCCUAGUCAAAACUAGUACUAUUGCAAAACAAACAAGGUCAUAGCCUAGUCAAAACUAGUACUAUUACAAUACAAACUAGGUCACAGCCUAGUCAAAACUAGUACUAUUACAAUACAAACUAGGUCAUAGCCUAGUCAAAACAAAUAAUAUUCCAAUACAAACUAGGUCAUAGCCUAAAUAAAACUAGUGCUAGGACAAUACAAACUAGGUCACAGCCUAGUCAAAACAAGUACUAGUACAAUACAAACUAGCAGUGCGCGUAUGCCUUAUGUGCGAGCAUUUAUUUAUUUAUCUAUUUAAAUGAAAUAUAACUAAUAGCUUAAGGAACGGUUGAGACCGGACUAUCGUGCAACAAAAUGGUUAUAGACCAUUUGAAAAAGUAUGUAUACUAAAUGUUACCAGUGGGUAAGGACAUUUCAUUUUCGGACGAAAAGAUGUAAACUCUCUAUAAAGGCUUUAAAAUGGAGAAAUGAAAUAAAUAAUGCUACAUGUUGUUAGUUUAUAUUUGUAAUAGGCGCUCUCAAAUUCCACUUGCGAAGAUCUAUUCCUGUUGUAAAGUUAUAGAGGAUCCGACCCAUUGAAUACGUUGUUACAGAUCCAAGUGGCCAGAUUGUGUGGAUCGGAAAAGGAAUUAAAAAAAGACAAGAUUACUUAGUUUAUGUUAUACUGUCUCAGAUCAACUUACUAAAACACGAAAUGAUUUAAUAGUUUAGAUAUAAUAAACAAAACAUGUUUCCUUUUUAUUUGAAUUUUACAGUUAAUAGAAAUAAAUAUGUGAGAUAUAUUUAUGUAAUUAAUAGAUCUCGUCAGUAAUACCUUGUAAUUUUACAUAGUAGUAUUGCAUUCACAUCCUCACAAUAUGUACAGAUACAGGGUCGUUUUUAUCACAUCAUAUCAUUUUUAUCAUAUCGAAAUUUUCUUGCAUGAAUUGCAAAAAACAACAAAAACGAAAAAAAAAAAAAAAAAAAAAAAAAAAACAAAACAAAAAACAACAAACAAAAAUUUACAAAUAGUUUUAAAUCCAUCUCAUGGAUAUCCUUUACCCUUUAAUGUUAUACUAAUGUGAUAGGAAUCAGAUUUGUGUAGGUUUAGUUAGCUUUAUACUAGCGAAAUUGGGGAGAGCCACUGCUUUUGUUUACGUAUGCUAAUUUGGCGCUAAUUGUAAGUGUGCAGGCAACGCCCUCUUUUGGACGUAGUCCAUUGGUUGGGAAUGUCUGCACGUGCAUAUGGGGAGUUGGGAAUAUAAAAAGCCGAGAGCGUUCAGAACUUGGUUACUCUGUUUUGGGUAAAAUUAAGAGUCCCGGUUGAUCCGGCAAUUUAUAGUAGGGUUAUGUUAUAUUUCGGAAUGGGGGUAGUCUUUAAUUAAGUAGUUUAUAUUUAGAGUCCAGCAUAUUUACUGUGUCAUUGUACAGAUCUGAUUACCAGACAAACCUAGUGUUUGUAAAUAUCAUAAUGUAAAUAAAUUUCUCUGUUAGAGCUAGCGAACCUUAUACAACUCUUCUGGUCUUUUAUACUCGUCAAACUACUAUACGAUCAUCUAGAAGUCGGGAGAUAACAGAAGCUAUAGUCGGGAUAUGUCAUCUCAAGCUCCCGUUACACUACUUAUCUAUAGAGGCGAUAAACCAGUACCUCGCAUAUUAACAAAAAACACGCUUAAUUAGCCCGUACGAUAUUUACACUUUUGGUAAGAGAAACGACUAAAUUAAAACCCAACCCAGUCGGAACGAUAUUGUCAGCCACCAUCUGAUGACAUAAUAAUGUGAGAUGAUACUGGAUGAGGAGCCCUACGGUAUACAAACAGACACCUCAGACACAUUCAAUGGUAACUUUUUAAUUAAUGAAAUGUAUAAAAAGUGAAUGAAAAAUAAAAGUAUCUGAUGUAUGUAUAUUGA